AUGGGUGACAAGAAGAAGCAGGCUUCAAUGUUCAUCAGGCUUGUUUCUGCUGCUGGGACUGGAUUCUUCUACGUGAAGAGGAAGAAUCCUCGAAGAAUCCCUACAAAGCUUGAGUUCAGGAAAUAUGACCCUCGUGUGAAUCGACACGUUCUGUUCACCGAGGCCAAGAUGAAUGUUGAAUCUGAAUCAUGUUCGAUUAGCUUGGCUCGUUCAACAUCUGAGAACCUACUGGAGGAAAGAAUUCUGUCCACAGAGCUUGAAGAACAAUUGAAGAGAGAGGAGGUACUAUGA